CCACUAAUUGAGCCUAUGGAGCUGGCCAAGUGGUCAUUCUACCGAGCCAUCAUGGCCGAGUUUGUUGCAACCUUCUUAUUCCUCUACAUUACUGUUCUAACCAUCAUCGGGUACAAGAAUCGUAACGAUUCUGACCACUGUGGCGGUGUUGGCCUCCUAGGCAUCGCGUGGGCUUUUGGUGGAAUGAUCUUUGUCCUUGUUUACAAUACUUCCGGCAUCUCGGGUGGUCAUUUGAACCCAGCUGUAACGUUUGCCAUGUUAUUGGCUAGGAAAGUGACCAUGCCAAGGGCGCUAAUGUACGUCGUGGCUCAAUGUUCAGGUGCAACUGCAGGGUGUUGCAUGGUUAAAGCGUUACAAAAGACCUAUUACAUGGACCAUGGUGGCGGUGCUAACGAGCUAACACAUGGUUAUAACAAGGCCAUGGGGCUAGGAGCCGAGAUUAUUGGCACUUUUAUUCUUGUAUACACCGUACUCUCCACCACGGAUCCAAAGAGAAACGCUCGCGAUUCACAUGUUCCGGUAUUGGCACCGUUACCUAUUGGCUUUGCAGUUUUCAUGGUUCACUUAGCCACGAUCCCGAUCACUGGAACCGGAAUCAACCCGGCUCGUAGCUUUGGGGCCGCAGUGAUCUACAACAACAAGAAAAUCUGGGCUGACCAUUGGAUCUUCUGGACGGGACCGCUCAUCGGGGCAUUCGGAGCGGAAUAUUACUACGAACACAUUUUACGGGCGCAUUUGACCUUGUACCGCGAUCACCACCACAUUACUCAUCGUUGACUAGGCAGUGGCGGUCACAAGAUCUUUUUUCGCAGUGUCAUCUUUCAGUAUUCGGAUGCUUAAUCAACUCGAUUUAGGAUUUUCUUGGGUUUCGAGUCCGGUCGGAUCAUCAAUAUUAGGAAAAAACAUUAUAUAAAUAAG